UGCCGCAUCCUUCGUAUAUUGCCAUCGACGUCCCCACGUUUAGUUGCGGCUUGGAGAGCGGGCACUCGCGAGCCGCAAGAGAUUGAAGCUUAAACGAAGUCUGAUCACUUCAGCGUCCGUUCUAGCACGACAGUUGGCUGAGAGUACGUGCAAGGAGAAAUUUGGGAUACCCGAAUUUGGCCGUUGUGUUUCCAACGAGAACUUCUUCGGCGCUCGAAGGUUUUGGAGGCCCAUGCCAUGUUCUCCGCACUCGUCGCACUUCUCGCGCUCUUAUUGACGCUUAUCUUUUGGUGGGUGCGACGGACGUUCACAUUUUGGAAUGGAAAAGGAGUAGCAUAUCUCACUUUCUGGCAGUACAUGCGCUUCGCCUACGACAUCUACACCAAGCCAGUGAACGAAGUAAUCCGCCGUUCCUAUAAUAAAUAUGGUCGUGUGUACGGUUCUUACCAAGGCACGGUGCCUACUCUAUCGGUUGGAGAUCCAGACAUAUUGCGGGAGGUCCUGACCGCAAAAUUCAAGAACUUUUCAGACAGAUCGUUAUCUCAGACCGUGGGAAGUGAUGUUUGGAAGAAGUCCAUCUUGAACCUGUCAGGUGAGGAAUGGAAGAAGGCGCGGGCAAUUUUCACCCCGGCACUCACUGCAACACGGUUGAAAACGAUCGUGACUAAAGUAAAAACUAUUUCUGGAAGGAUGACAUCACGGAUCAUGGACGCAGCUACUAAAAACAAGCCAGUGGACUUCUUUGAGCUUGCAAACAACACGGCGCUUGACACCACAGCUGCUUUGAACUAUAGCGCUGACAUCGACAGCAAUAGUGACAAGAAUCAUCCCCUCAUGAAAUGUAUUGAAGCUAUUUACAUGGGUUCAGGUGGAUGGAGAAUCAUAAUGUUAUUUAUGAUGCCACCUGUGUACAAGGCUCUGCAACCUGAUUACCCCCCCAAGUCCAGCACUGAUGUAUUCAAGUCUUUCGUAUCGCACUUGAUUGAAGAAAGGAAGUCAAAGAACAAGCAAGAAGACGACUUUCUUCAGGUCUUUAUGAACGCUGACUACAACUGGGAAGAUAACGCUGCAAAUAAAGCGGAGAACGCUCAAGUCAAGAAAAUGUCACUGGAUGAGAUAACAGCCCAGGGGAUAGUGUUCUUCGUUGCCGGUGUAGAGAGUGUCUCGAUGGUCAUCAGCCUUACCACUUACUACCUGGCCCUUAAUCCUGAUUGUCAAGACAGACUCAUUGCAGAAAUAGACAACGUGCUCACAGAGGGGGAACUUACAUACGAUGCUCUGCAGGAGAUGCCGUAUCUCGAUGCUUGCGUCAAAGAGGCAAUGAGACUUUGCACUCCCGAUUCGAUAAUUAUGAGGGUUUGUACAGAGGAAACUACGGUGGCCGGAAUCCACUUCAAGCCGGGCAUGUGCGUCGACAUUCCCUUGGCCGGAAUCCACUAUGAUCCAGAAUAUUUCCCUGAACCGGAGAAGUUCAAUCCAGAGAGGUUCAUGCCGGAAAACAAGGACUCCUUGAGGCCGUUCACGUACCUGCCGUUUGGGGCCGGACAACGUAACUGCGUCGGCAUGCGUCUUGGCUUGGUCCAAACGAAGACAACUCUAGCUUGUCUGCUUCAGCAGUUUAAGUUUGAGGCGUGCACAGAAACACCAGUACCACUAAAGUUCAAGGUGGGACAACUUCUUCCUGCCUUCGACGGGAGAUUGUAUCUGCGGGCAGUGCCUCGUCAUCGCUCCACAAACGAAGAUUGUUAAUAUUAAAGAAUUUGUUUUACGUUA